ACAAGUGAUUUUUUGGUGAUAGCAAUCCACAUAGCCAAAGUUUAAUUUCUAGUCUAUUAUUCUGUGUUGCAUGUGACUAUUUUUUCACGUUUUACAACUAGAUCGCACCGUGUUAAACAUAUUGUGGUCUUUUUUAUGCAAUGAUGUGUUGAGAAUGUCCAUCAGGUAGUUAUUUUGGUGUGCACGUAUUUAAUACAGUACACAGAGAAACAAUACGCAGAGAAGAGCAUCCUAGUGUCUUUGCAAAUAUUAAGUGUGAGAUUUUUUCAGUGAUUACUUUUGCAAAACUGAGAGAUGGUUGUGUCUUUUAGUGAUAUAAGUGGGUUUUUGUUAUUGAGAGCAGUUUGGUUCCGUUAUUUGUGAGUAAUUAUUAGCGUAGUUGCUGUUUUGGAAUUCGUUGGUCGACUGAUUUGUAAAAUUCAGGAGAGCUACUGGAACUUACGAAAUAAAGAAACAUGACGCUUUCAGAGCAAAUUCAGGGACAGAGGAGGUCCUCGAAAAAGUCUAAGAACAAGGCGCAGGCGUCAGGGAACACUGCGCCAGCCGCAACAAAUUCAAACCCGCGAACGAAGCCAGAGGCGCAACAAAAGAAGGCGCGCAAGUCCGGCGCGGGCAACACAACGGCUGCAGCUGCGGCGGCGGCGGCGGCGGCGGCCAAAGAUCCCAAGCGCGACAGACGCUCCACUCUGCCUGCAACCAGAGUUGCUACUGCCGAAGGCAGGGCCGGCGCAGAUGCUACGCCAGCGUCGGGCUCCGGUCUGCAGGGCAGGGACAGAGGUCUGAGAGGCAGCUUUAAGGCGCUGAGGAGAUCCACCGAAGAUCUGUCCAAUGCGGCGUCAGCGAUCAAGAAGACGAUCGGCAACUUCGUGAGGAGUUCGCCACUGAGGAGGAGUUUCAGCUUCGGUCGGGACCUCAACAAGGUGGGCGGCCUCAAGAAGACUGCGUGGUCAGCGUCGCUCCAGUCCCUCCAGGAGGACGUGCCGGAAGAGGAGGCGGGUGCCGGCAAGUUCCUUGUCGACGACAAGAGGGACAGCUUCAUAGAGGACGAGGAGGACGCGGAGCUGAUGAAGGAGCAGAGGGCGGUGGCGAAACCCACCGAUGCCGUCGUCGGCGUGCCCACCAAAGACCUGGAGUUCAAGACACGCAGUCUGGUCAUUGAGGACUCUGGAGCCUACAGCAAGGAUCCGGAAUUCCAGGACUUGUCGGAGGUGUCGAGGAGGAGGACCCAGUCGUACAGCGCGGUCCAGAGGGUAGGACUACUGGAGCCCAGCGAUGAGGCGGACACCAUGCUGGGCUCUCGCAGUCACCGGCCGCACUCGCUUUCUGCUUACCAUUUGGCUGGAGAACGGGGCAAUCCCCUGGAGCUGGAACGACUGCUGCCUACGAGAUCGACGGCGACUCUUCCAGCGAAGAAACCGAUGCGGCAGAAUUCGGAAUCCAGCACCCUCUUCUCCAGGGGCUUCUGGCACGACGUCUUCUCCAAGGGCCGUUCGCUGUCGCUGAGCCACAUCGAGCAGGCCGGGGUGGAGCAGGAGCGGCCCGCCGCCCACGCACUCAGCAGCAGCGCCGGGCUCACGCCGGCCGCGCGCGGCGUCCAGCCAGAGGGAACGGAGGAGGGCCCCUGGGAGGGAACGGAGGAGGGCCCCUGGGAGGGAACGGAGGAGGGCCCCUGGGAGGGAACGGAGGAGGGCCCCUGGGAGGGAACGGGGGAGGGCCCCUGGGAGAGAACGGAGGAGGGCCCCUGGGAGGGAACGGAGGAGGGCCCCUGGGAGGGAACGGAGGAGGGCCCCUGGGAGGGAACGGGGGAGGACCCCUGGGAGGAAACAGAGGAGGGCCCCUGGGAGGGAACGGGGGAGGGCCCCUGGGAGAGAACGGAGGAGGGCCCCUGGGAGGGAACGGAGGAGGGCCCCUGGGAGGGAACGGAGGAGGGCCCCUGGGAGGGAACGGAGGACGGCCCCUGGGAGGGAACGGAGGAGGGCCCCUGGGAGGGAAUGGAGGAGGGCCCCUGGGAGGGAACGGAGGAGCGCCCCUGGGAGGGAACGGAGGAGGGCCCCUGGGAGGGAAUGGAGGAGGGCCCCUGGGAGGGAACGGAGGAGGGCCCCUGGGAGGGAACGGAGGAGGGGCCCUGGGAGGGAACGGAGGAGGGCCCCUGGGAGGGAACGGAGGAGGGCCCGUGGGAGGGAACGGAGGAGGGCCCCUGGGAGGGAACGGAGGAGGGCCCCUGGGAGGGAACGGAGGAGGGCCCCUGGGAGGGAAAAGAGGAGGGCCCGGGGAGGGAAAAGAGGAGGGCCUGA